GGCGCAAAGAGUCAUCUAGGAAACAUGUAGUCCUCUUCUGCACCUCGCUGUGAUACAGGAGUAUCAUCAGCCAAUCUAUACAUCGAAUUAUCUGGAUCACAAUGGGCAAACAACCAUCUGUGGAAUUGACGAGUCUCGGGCUCGCUUCCGGUACUACUACCAGAACUCCUUCGAUUUCAGGCCCAUCGAACGAAUGUAAUCCUCAGCCUGUCAACACUGAUUUGGAAGCAUCAUCUGAUGAUGAGACACCUCUCAACGACGAAGCGAAGGCCAUUCUCUCCAAAGGACGAACAAUCGUUGUCAUUGCACAAUUAGUCGGCGUACAACUCUUCUCCAGUUUCUGCAAUGGCAUUAUUGUGAUUGGUCUCCCCGCUAUAGCAAAGGCACUGGAAAUGGAAGCCGGACUGCAACUUUGGCCGACUUCUGUAUUCUAUCUUACUGCCGGAUCGUGUCUCAUGUUGGCUGGAUCCCUGGCUGAUGUUCUCGGAACACGGCCAUUGAUUUUGUCUGCGAAUAUCCUGCUUGCCGUCAGCGCUCUGGCUUGUGGUCUCGCGCGCAAUGGAGGUGAAAUCAUUGCGUUCCGUGGAUUGCAGGGAGUUGCCAAUGCUAUGGCUGUUCCAGCUUCGGUGUCUAUGAUCUCGACAAGUGUUGAAGAUGGUCAACGCCGCAAUAUGGGAUUUUCUUGUCUAGGCUUCGCGGGGCCUCUCGGAUUUUUGCUUGGCCUGAUUCUGGGUGGUGUGUUUGUUGACGGUGUUGGAUGGCGUCCAGCCUUCUAUCUCGUGGCUGCCGCAAGUUUCACCUUGGGUCUUGUCGGAUUCUGGGCACUGCCAAAGAAUUCGCGUCCGCACCCUAGACGCAGCAUUAAGAAGCAGUUGGCUUCUGAGAUUGACUGGGUCGGAACGAUCAUCUCGACUACUGGUCUUGUGGCUAUCUCAUAUGCUUUGGCCACAUUGUCGGCCAGCGUUCACAACAUCAAGACUGCAACCACCAUUUCACUUUUGGUUGUUGGUAUUGCUACCGUUCCUGCCUUUAUAUGCUGGAUGGCAUGGCAAGAGAAGACUGGAAAACCUGCUCUCAUUCCAAACUCUUUCUGGCAAAAUCUCAGCUUUACCAGUGUUUGUAUCAUGAUUCUCUUCAGCACUGCCGUCAUCAAUGGUAUGGAGGUCUAUGUCAGCUUGUUCUUCCAGCAAGUUCAAGGCUUGUCGGCGCUUGGAGCUUCCAUCCGCAUUCUACCUGCUCUGAUCACAGCAGUCAUGAUCAACAUUUCCACCGGCUACUUUGUAAACCGCAUGCCCGUCGUAUGGAUUGUAUUAGCUUCUUGCGGACUCACCUCCAUAUCACCCAUGUUGAUGGCCAUCAUAAACCCUCGCUGGACAUACUGGAAAAUGGCAUUUUUCGCUCAACUUCUCCAAGGCAUCAGUGUAAACGUCCUCUUCACAGUCGGUCUCCUCAUCAUCUCCUCCAUCUUCCCCCUCCGCACACAAGCACUAGGCGGUGCCGUCUUCAACACUUGCGCUCAAUUGGGGACUUCGAUCGGUCUCACUAUCACCUCCGUCAUUGCGGAUUCCAGAACAGCCGCUUCGGGGAUUGCGGAUAAGACGUCGCCUGAUGCGUUGAUGACUGGUUACCGAGCGGUGUUUUGGGCACUGUUUGCUUGGAUGAUUAUCGUGUUGUUGGCGGGUGUGUUUGGGUUGAGGAAGGUGGGGAAGAUUGGUGUUAAAAGGGAUUGAAGAAGAUGUGAAUGUGUUUUCGUGGAUGCAGAUGUUGUGGUUGUGGUUUGACGUGUGGAUGUCGCUUUUGAGUUAUAUCACCACGGCUCAUUGCGAAAGUUCAAUCUUGUUCGGAAUAUUAUUAUUCGACUCUUCAUCAGAACCAGGGACAUGUAUAUAUAACGCAAACACGAUAUCCGAAAACCUCUUUGUUCUUG